AUGUAUUUUGCACAAGAUACACAGCCGUUUAUGCCCAAUGCACCACUGUUCAAUCCGAUGACAGCUUCGUCAGCCGGUGAUUAUCAGCGAAGUUUUGUCAAGACAGAAUCUGAACCAUUUUUACCUGCAAAUCCGUUUACCCAUCCAACCUAUCCUCAUUUUGCUUUUCCAAUGCAGUCGGUACAAAAUCCCGGUCAACGGAUGCGAGCACCCCUGCAGUGCAAAUGGAUUGAGAGGAAUCGAAUGUGCAAUCGGAUUUUCUACAUGAUCGAUCAGUUAGUUUCACACAUUCAACAUGAACAUGUCGGUGUCAAUGAGACAUCGACGCAUAUUUGUCUAUGGGAAAAUUGCGAACGUAAAGGCAGAACGUUUAAGGCCAAAUAUAAGUUGAUCAAUCAUAUUCGAGUACAUACGGGUGAAAAGCCAUUUCCAUGUAAUAUAUGCCAUAAAGGUUUUGGUAGAAGUGAAAAUUUGAAAAUUCAUCAACGUACCCAUACCGGUAAGAAUUUACAAUUUAUAUUAAUAAUUUUUUCUGAAUAA